AUGGCCCCGUACAGGACUGAAGGAUCAACCGAAUCAACCCACGAAACCGACUUCGUGGAAAGCUACGUCCUCCGCCCUGUCGGCAAACCUCUGACGAAGGAGUACCGCGUCUACUUCACCCUCAACGACAAGAUAUUCUCCCCCUGGCAUGAUCUAGCGCUGUAUCCAGGCGGCAGGGAGCACCUCGGACACCGCGAGCCGGUGGUGCAUAUGGUUGUUGAGGUGCCGAGGUGGUGGAGCGCGAAGAUGGAGAUCGCAAAAGACGAGUACCUCAAUCCCCUCAAGCAGGAUAUCCAGGACGGCCGGUUGAAGUACGUUCCCAACAUCUUUCCGCAUAAGGGGUACCCCUUCAACUAUGGGAUGUUGCCUCAGACAUACCAAGAUCCGGGCAUCGACGACCCUCUCACGCAGCUCCCCGCGGACGGGAACCCGCUCGCCGUCUGCGAACUGGGCGGCGCAAUGCCGCAUCCUGCACAGAUCAAACGGGUCAAAGUCCUCGGCUCGCUGGCCGUCAUCAAUGAGAACAAGACAGACUGGAAGAUCAUCGUUGUUGACUUGGAUAAUCCCGAGGCAGACAAGCUGAGUGAUAUCGGGGACGUCGAGUUGCUGAUGCCGGGGUAUCUGGACACAAUCAAGGAAUGGUUCCGGGUGUAUAAGCUGGCCGAGGGAAAGCAGGAGAACGUUCUUGGUGCGAAUGGGGAGCUGCAGAAUCAGAAGUAUACCCUCUCGCUCAUUGAGCGGUGCCAUAACUCCUGGAAAGCUGUCAAGGUUGAGCCGGACAUGCAAGCAAGAGUUUCCAUGGCGGACAUUGCGCCUCAUGAGCAUGGUGCCGUUGAUGUUCUUCCACGAAAGCCGGAAAAUCGAGACGUCGCCUGUGACAUCGACCCCAUAGCCGCUGAGAAGAGUCAUUUUCUGUCGCCAAAUUGGCCUUCCAUGGCUGCUUGCCGCGGUGGUGCUCUGAAUGUGUAA